GAGCGAUCUAGUGGGAAUACGCCCCUUGAACGUUUUUUGCAUAGAAGUAAGACGUAAUGGCAUGCAUGUUACAUUGAGGCCGAGGUCCUUAAGGGCAUACAUAAACUCGUGCACUACCAACGCUUGUAACGUUGUGAAGGGGCCACAAUAUAUUACUUUUCUCCUCAAUUUUGGAUUAUCACUAACUCCCGCAUUACAGCAAGUCACGUUGGGGGCGCCGGCCAACCAUGGAGCAACCUCCUAAUUACCAAGAGCUUGUCAGCGAGUUCGCUGCCAUCACAGGAGCUUCGCCACUUGUUGCAGAUCACUACUUGUCAGCAUGUAACUUUGAUCUGAACAGAGCUAUGGAAUUUUACUUCGAGCAUCCGCCAGCACAGACCCAGGCAGCUCCAGAAGUUGUGCACGAUGCACAAGAUAACGAAGCGACUGGAGGGGCUGGCGCAUAUGGUGCAUAUGGAGCUUACGGUGGCGACGAGGGCUUUGACCUUGAAGAGCAUGAGCACGGAGCCUCGCACAGAAGAGCCGCAGACGACGACGAGGAGCUACAACGAGCUCUACAGGAGUCGUUGGCUGGAGCAGAACCAGGCGGCGGUUCCCGUGCCCGUGGCGGCCCCGCAGGAGAGCCGAGGCCUCCAGCCAGGCCAGCCCAGCGGAGCGCUGUGCAGGUGAUCGAGGUGGAUGAUGACGAGGAUGAGGAGGUGCGCGCUGCUGCUGGUGGUGGUCGGGGCGGCAGGGGGGCUGCUGGCCACGUGGUGGAGGGUGAUGAUGGUGAGCUGCCGGGCGCGGAGGAGCUGCUGGCGGGCAUACGGCGGGUGCGGCAGGCGGAUGCGGAGGCGGAGGCGAUGAUGCAGCGCAUCUUGGGUGGAGGUGCUGCUGGGGGCCUGCCCAGCAUCUUCCCCGGCAUGCCCGCUGCCGGCAUCUUCCCGCCAGGCUUGCUGCCCCCUGGUUUCCCCGGCGGCGGCGGCGGCAGCAGCAGCGGGCAACCGCAGCCGCAGCGGCGGCGAGUGGAGGUCCGCCGGGGCGCUGGAGCAGCAGCAGCAGCGGGGGGAGGGGGAGGGGGAGGGAGCAGCGGUGCGGCUGCUGCUGGUGCUCGGGGGACAGGAGCAGCGGCGGGAGGAGAUGCUUGGGACGAUGGGUUGGAGUUGCCGGAAGGCAUGAGCCGGCAGGAGUUGGAGGAGGCUCGCAUGAUGGAGGCGGCGAUGCUGGGGGUGCCGUACGAGGGGCGCAUGCCGGACUUCAGCGCAGGAGCGGCAGGGCCCAGUGGGAGAGCGGGGCCAGGUGGUGGGGGUGGUGGUUUCGGAGCGUACGGCGACGUGCUGGAUCCGGAGCUCAUGGAGCACCGGGAAUUGCGGUGGGACCAGGACAGGGCGUUCGAGGAGUCGCUGGCAGCGGACAGGGCCAAGGAGCAGGCGGCCGCUCGCGCCAAGGCCGAGGCUGAGGCGGCGGAGCGGCAGCGGCGGGAGGCGGAGGCGGAGGCUGCUCGGGCUGCUGCGGAGGAGGCGGCGCGGCUGGGUGCGCUGCUGGCCAGGAAGGCAGCCCGGUUGCCGGGGGAGCCGCCUGCGGCCGCGGGGGAUGCGGUGACUGUGAUGGUUCGCCUGCCGGACGGCUCGCGGCACAGUCGCCGCUUCGCUCGCUCCGACCGCAUCGCCUCCCUCUUCGACUUUGUGGACGUGGAGCUGCAUGACGCAGCAGCAAAGGCCGCUGCUGCUGCUGCUGCCUCCGCCUCCGCCUCCGAUCAGCAACCCCAGCAGCAAGCCCAGCAGCAGCAGCCGUUCAGCUCCCUCAAGCCCGGGACGUACAACC